AUGAGAUCCUUACCACCUCCACGAAUUACCAGAGCAAGGAAAUGGAAACGAAUAAAGAGGACAAUGAAAUCAUUAUUCACCAGAGGUUAUAUAUCUGAUUUUUCUCCAUUUGCAAGAAAACAAAAUCAUAACUAUUCAAUCACAAAAGUUCAUAAAUCAAGAAUUACAAGAAGGUUUAAGAAACAACAAGAAUCAGGAGGAAUUGUCCAGACGGGGAUUAAAACUGCUGGAUUACUUGGAAGAAUUGCAGUAAGAACUUCUUCUUUACCAAAUUUGAAACAAUUCAAUAAGAAAAAGAAAAAUACUGAGAAUGAAGAUCCUGCCAACAAAUUGAAUCUCACUGUCACUUUUUGA